CUAUAAUCGAUCCCCUCUAUGUGAUUCGCACAUUCUCUCGAUCACCGAUGACAGGAGAAAGAGGAGCGUAGGAUGGGAGGCGUUGUCGUUGGCCUCUUGGAAGCGGAUUCCCUCGCCUUCCCAUCGUCUUGGAUUUUGUGGAUCCCAAUCAGGUUUAUUUAAUUCCUGCCUUUCUUUGGGUCAGCAAUCCUGCAACUUAAGUCCUCAAACAUCUGGCCGCAGCCUUUUUCACUUUCCUGGUGCAAUAUAUUCACCAAUACAGAGGUGCCACGUCCGUAGGUAAUUUCCACCAAUACAGAGGUGCCACAACCGACAUAGCGAACAUGGAGGAGGAUACCGUGGAUUCCAAUCCAAGUGUAGCCCUUGCGGCAUGGUGGAAGGAUGGAUGGAUCCCACGGUGAGCAGUCCCUGUGGCCGUUCCUUGUUCUCAAGCCAUAUGCCCACAGUUACAGUUACACUAUUGAGAAGUAGUGCCAUCCCCUCCCGUAAGUCACUAGCAUCAGAUUGCUUCACCACCAAUAAACGAAGGUCACAGUGACAGCCAUAACCCACCCAGAUUUCUGUUCCGACGCCAACUUCCUAUCCUGUUCCUACUCUUCCCCUUUUGUGCCCAAAUCACCACCCAUGGCUGUGACGAAUCCAUUCUUAAUCUCUCUUGAAGGUACCACACCUCAACCAGCAGUAAUGACGUGUGUCUUCCCAUUUGUUAUGCAGGAAUGAUUGUAUAUAAGAGAGAGAGAGAGAACCCAACUGGUCAACAACUUCAGUCGAAGGCACCAUAUAGAGAGAGAGAGGGAGAGAGAGAACCCAACUAGUCAACAACUUCAAUCGAGGGCACCAUACUCUUUCCUCUUCACGAACUUCUCCCUCUUCGUCUCUAAGAGAGAGGGAGAAAUUAGAGAGAUAUCAUUCAUUUAUUGUGCCGUUGUGUAAAUUGCAAUUGCGGGGAAGUGACAAGAUGAAGGGAUUUGGCAGCACAAAGUUGAUAUUUCUGCAGCCUACGUCCAUCAGCAAGCAAGGGGGCAAUGGGAUCACCACAUCCAUCUCCAUCUUGGUCUCCCACCAUCAUCGCGUUUGGCUCCUCGCUCUCCUCGCCUUCUUCGCCUUUGUCUCCCUCGUUACUCUCCUCAACACCACCACUGCGAGAGAUCCAAAUGGCCUCCCCUCCUCCGCUGUGAUGUCUGCCGGCUCGGUCUCUUCUCGCCCGCCGCCGCUGCUUCCCGCUCCCGUCUUCGAUUCGCUCGUCAACUACGCGGUGUUCUCCAACUCCACGGGGAAGAUGGCGGAGGGCGACCUCCGGGCGGUCGCGGGCGUGCUCCGGCUGCGGGGGCCGUGCAACCUGCUCGUGUUCGGGUUGGGGCACGAGACGCCGCUGUGGCGCGCGCUCAACCACGGCGGCCGCACCGUGUUCGUGGACGAGAACGAGUACUACGUCGCCCACGUGGAGGGGCGCAAUCCCGGGGUGGAGGCCUACGACGUGGCCUACACCACCAAGGUCCGGGAGAUGCCGGAGCUCAUCGCCGCCGCCCGACGGCAUCGCCGCGGGGACUGCCGGCCGGUGCAGAACCUGCUCUUCUCCGACUGCCGCCUCGCCAUCAACGACCUCCCCAACCAGCUCUACGACGUCCCCUGGGAUGUCAUCCUCGUCGACGGGCCGAAGGGGUACUCGGCGACGGAGCCCGGGCGGAUGUCGGCCAUCUUCACCGCCGCCGUCAUGGCCAGGUCCGGCGGACCGGGGCACGUGGACGUGCUCGUCCACGAAUACGAUCGAAAGGUGGAGAAGCUGUGCAGCGCGGAGUUCCUCUGCCCGGAGAACCUUGUGGCCGCUACCCGCAGCCUCGCCCACUUCCGCAUCCGCGGCGGUCCCGCCGAUGAGUUCUGCGCCAACCAGGCCGACACCGCGUCGUUGUCGUCGCCGGCUGGAGGCAAAGCCGCCGCCUCGUAGUUUGUCUUCUGCCGGGCCUGUGACAUUAGGGCAAUCAUACAGUGAGAUCUAACGAAGAUGUGAUAGUGCUGAAGAUUUCUGAAGCAAACACUUGGGCCAUACGGCGAAGCUUUAGAUACCGCCUUAGCAUUCACCCAUCUGGUGAAAGAUUGUUUUCUGGAUGUGAGGAAGGAAGACUUGCAUCGAUGUCUCAGCUCAUCCGUGCAAGAAACUCAAACAUUAAGCCAUGUCGGAAAAAAAGCUGGUUGAAUUGACAUCAUUCUCAACUUUGGUGAAGCUCAACAAUCAUGUUACAGUGUUGCACUGCAUUAUUUUCUCUUCUCUUUCUGGGACGCGUCUCCCAUCAAUCAUGGCUUCCUGCUCUCAGAAUUUGUGAACUUGUAGACCUCAGUCAGAUCUCAAAGAUCAUGGUUCUUUUUUUUCUAGUUAUUUGCUACUUAGAACCUUAAUAAGACAUACAAAAUGAAAAUAUCAGCAAGAAGAAUACAAAAGCCAUUGUAGAAAGUCCAAUCGGAGACUUUUAAUUUGUUGUGGAUUGAAGUCAAUGAUCAAAUAUGAAUUGAGCAAAGGUUGCAGUCA